CAUGCCCACCGGGGUUUAAAAAAUACAUUUCCGCAAAGUUUUGUUACAAGCUGCAGCUUGCCUUGCGUUCAAACGCGUUUAUUACCGGCUUACGACGUAAGUUACAAACGUUAAUAAGAAUGUGUGAAGUCAAACCAAACAAUUCAGCUCCAACUGAAGACAGCGGAGCGGAAAGAGACUGGGCUGCUGCCAAAGUGUUUUUUGACAGCCUCAAAACAAACAAACCAAGACCUCCCAAACCCCAGUAUGCCGUCACCAUCGCCGUCUCGUCUCGCACCCUCUUCGACAUGGUAGCAGAGAGGAAAAUCUAUGAGGACGAAGGAUUAGAGAAGUACGUGGCUUAUCAGGUGGAGCAUGAAAGCGAUCCUCUGUUGCCAGGAGUUGCUUUCCCCUUCGUCAAGGCGCUGAUGAAUGUCAACUCUCGACUGAGGAAGCUCUACCCAGACAGCGAGGAGCUGUUUGACAUCGUCUUAAUGACUAACAACCAUGCCCAGGUUGGAGUGCGCCUCAUAAACAGCAUUAAUCACUACGAUUUGACUAUAGAGAGAUUCUGUAUGACCGGAGGGAAAAGUCCUAUAGGCUACCUGAAGGCCUACAUGACAAACCUUUACCUCUCCAAGGACUCCGAGAAAGUCACAGAGGCCAUAGAGGAAGGCAUUGCUGCAGCCACAAUGUUCAUGACACAAACGGAGACUUUGAGCGAAACUCAGCUGAGAGUGGCGUUUGAUGGCGACGCCGUCCUCUUCUCGGACGAGUCAGAGAUAAUCGUGAAGGAACACGGCCUGGACACUUUCUUUGAGCACGAGAAGGCGUUUGAGAACAAACCUCUCGCUCAGGGUCCCUUAAAGUGUUUCCUGGAGGCUCUGGGGAAGCUCCAGAGAAAAUUCUACGCCAAGAACGAGCGCAUGAACUGUCCCAUCCGAACCUACCUGGUGACGGCCCGCAGUGCUGCCAGCUCCGGGGCUCGCGUCCUGAAGACUCUCCGCAGCUGGGGCCUGGAGAUUGACGAGGCUCUCUUCCUGGCCGGGGCUCCUAAAGGGCCCCUGCUGCAGAAAAUAAAACCGCACAUCUACUUUGACGACCAGAUGUUCCACAUUCAGGGGGCCAAUGAAAUGGGCACCAUAUCUGCACACGUCCCCUACGGGAUCGGACAGAAGUACCACAAGGGCAAACUCAUCGAGCAGCCUGCAAAAAAGGAAUAACCUAAAAAUGGUUGCAAAAUGAAAUACGCACCACGUUGUCACCUGACUAUAAUGAGAUUCAGGAAAUUAAUUUGUUAAAAGAAUAACAGAAUUUAUGUAGAAUUUAGCUAAUUAAUUGGUAAUGGCGUCUACAAAAUUUCCUACUUUUUGGGAUAUUAUAAAAUAUUUUCUACUGUUUUCUUUAGGCUAGCUAGAGUAUUAUUGAUGAGUGGUUGCACUAGAUGCCACACACUAUUUCACUUGAUACUGUUCUGGAAGAGAAACACCAGAUUCAUCUAACUAUUUUGAGAUUACUUUUAUUGUUUACGUUUGAGUUUGUCAUUUUCUUUACACUUUUAUAGGAUAAACACAUUUAUUUAUCUGGGUUUUGGCUAUUGGUCCUUGGUAUAUUCAGUGUUACCAAGGUGGGAGAAUGUAUCUGCUGUAGUAGUAUUUUUUUUUUUCUUUCUCUUUCAUAGAUUUAAAAUUCACCAGCCAGUUAGAAACGGCCCUUUUCAACUCAAAAUUUCCAACGUUUUUGGAUUAACUUUGCUCAUUUAAUGGGACAUAUUGAUUUCAGUAAUUCGUUUUAAAGGGACAUUUAUGAGGGUAGAAUGUCUAUGGCUUACAGGGAACAGUGAUGCUGUUUUUCUUUGUUACUGUUUCUGCUGUUGAUGUGCACAAACUGUAUAAAACUUUAUAGUUUUCCUCCAACUUUUAAACUAAUGUUCUGCAUGUUGUUUACACUUUUCAAGUGUCUGGAUAUCAGACAGGCAGCACACUGUAACUACACUUUUCUAUCACCUUAUAGUGUUUUUAUAUAGGACUGACUACAUAUACUGUAAAUGUUUGCAGAUUGCAUUUGAUGUAUUUCAUGUUGCAAAAAUAUGUAAUUGUUUUCAUAACUAAAUGUCGUCAAGGGUUUCUCCAGUUACACUUGUUUGUACAUUUUUAUAUCGUGUGGUAAAGUUUCUCAGUGCCGGAUCAUGCAAUGUUUAGCAUUCAUUGUACUUAAGUACACAAUACCAUGAUGUUUGCACCAAUUCACUUUUCUAUAAUAGGAUUACUAUCUUGCUUUUAAGCGUUGAGUGCAGAGGAGUAAAGGAAUGUGGAGGAAUCCCAGUG